CAACAGACACGCUGGAGUUUAACAAACAGCAAUACUCUUCGCGCUCCUGAAAAGCUGGGCCGGACGCUCUCCGUGGUGCUGAAACGUUUCGCGACCGCCGCUGUCCGUGGUACCUGGCAGCCCCUUCGCUCCAAUUUCCCCUGGGGCUCCUCCUUCGGCGCCCCUGUUCCGCACCUCCCCUUAACAUCUGGAUUAUUUUUUCAAUUGCGUUAGUUGAUUUUGUAAGUGCCAAUUUGAAACAUUUUUUUUUUUUUUGCCCCAUAACUCGUGGACUACAAAGCACAAGGAUCUGAAAAAUGUACAGCUUCAAUACUCUUCGUCUAUACCUUUGGGAGACCAUUGUAUUCUUCAGCCUUGCUGCUUCUAAGGAGGCUGAUGCUGCCCGCUCCGCACCCAAGCCUAUGUCACCCUCCGAUUUCCUGGAUAAGCUAAUGGGGAGAACCUCUGGAUAUGAUGCCAGGAUCAGGCCCAAUUUUAAAGGUCCCCCGGUGAAUGUGAGCUGCAACAUUUUCAUCAACAGCUUUGGUUCCAUUGCCGAGACAACCAUGGACUAUAGGGUCAACAUCUUCCUGCGGCAGCAGUGGAAUGACCCCCGGCUGGCAUACAAUGAAUAUCCUGAUGACUCUCUGGAUCUGGACCCAUCCAUGCUGGAUUCCAUCUGGAAACCUGACCUGUUCUUCGCCAAUGAGAAAGGGGCUCACUUCCACGAGAUCACCACGGACAACAAACUGCUGAGGAUCUCCAGGAAUGGAAAUGUCCUCUAUAGCAUCAGAAUCACCCUGACACUGGCCUGCCCCAUGGACUUGAAGAAUUUCCCCAUGGAUGUCCAGACAUGUAUCAUGCAACUGGAAAGCUUUGGAUACACCAUGAAUGACCUCAUCUUUGAGUGGCAGGAGCAGGGAGCUGUACAGGUAGCAGAUGGACUAACCCUGCCGCAGUUUAUCCUGAAGGAGGAGAAGGACUUGAGAUAUUGCACCAAGCAUUACAACACAGGUAAAUUCACCUGCAUUGAGGCUCGGUUCCACCUGGAGAGGCAGAUGGGCUACUAUCUGAUCCAGAUGUACAUUCCCAGCCUACUCAUUGUCAUCCUCUCAUGGAUUUCCUUCUGGAUCAACAUGGAUGCGGCUCCAGCCCGUGUGGGCCUGGGCAUCACAACUGUGCUCACUAUGACCACCCAGAGCUCAGGCUCCAGAGCAUCCCUGCCUAAGGUGUCCUAUGUGAAAGCCAUUGACAUUUGGAUGGCAGUGUGCCUGCUCUUCGUAUUCUCAGCCCUGCUGGAGUAUGCUGCUGUCAACUUUGUGUCUCGGCAGCACAAAGAGCUACUUCGAUUCAGGAGGAAGAGGAGACAUCACAAGAGCCCCAUGCUGAAUCUAUUCCAGGAGGAUGAGGCCGGAGAGGGCCGCUUCAACUUCUCCGCCUAUGGGAUGGGCCCAGCCUGUCUGCAGGCCAAGGAUGGAAUCUCGGUCAAGGGCGCCAACAACAACAACACCACCAAUCCCCCUCCAGCACCAUCUAAGACCCCAGAGGAGAUGCGAAAACUCUUCAUCCAGAGGGCUAAGAAGAUCGACAAAAUAUCUCGCAUUGGCUUCCCCAUGGCCUUCCUCAUCUUCAACAUGUUCUACUGGAUCAUCUACAAGAUUGUCCGUAGGGAGGACGUCCACAACCAGUGAAGGGUCUAGGAUGUAGGGAAGAGGGGGAUUGGGAGAGGGCAAGGUGGGAACACCACAGGAAUCUGAGAGCCUGAGGAAGAAAGGGGGAGAGAGGAGAGGGCACACAUCCACAACUCACUCUCUCUCUUUGCAAUAUGUGCAAUAGCAAAAUGCAGUGAUGCAUGAAUUUUA